GAAAAAAAAAAAGAAAAAAAGAAAAGGAGAGAGAGUGAAGAGAGAGAAUCUGGUGGGCUUUGAGCUGUGGUUUAGCUGUCUUCUGAUGGUGUUUAUUUCUUCUCUCACACACACAUCUCCAAAAAUCAACAACCCUUAGCCUAGCCCCCUCUUCCUUCCCAUAUCUUCAAUCUCUCUCUCUCUCUUUCUGUAUACAUUUUUCUUCACUCUCUCGCUCUUUCUGUUUUCUGAUUCAGUUUUCCGAUCAUCUUCUUCUGGAUACCUCUCCAGCAUUUUGGACUCAGAUCUCAAGGGAGGUUUCCAGGAACACAGUCGGGGUUGUUUGUGAGUCAGAUGUCUGGUGUGAGAUGAAGAAGAAGACCCAUCUCCUCCAUUUUGUUCUUCUUCACUCUCUCCUCUUCUUGGGCUGCCUCGCUCUCUGUUCUGCGGAGCAGAUCUCCAUUUCCAGCCAUGGCCACCUCACUGACGCGGAAGUUAUGUACAUUAAGCGGCGUCAACUUCUGUACUACAGAGACGAGUUUGGUGACAGAGGGGAGGAUGUGACUGUGGAUCCUUCUCUGGUGUUUGAGAACCCUAGGCAGAGGAACGCCUACAUUGCGUUGCAAGCUUGGAAACAGGCCAUUCUAUCUGAUCCUCUUAAUCUUACGCUCAACUGGGUUGGAUCUAAUGUGUGUAACUACACCGGGGUUUACUGCGCACAAGCUCCGGACAAUUCUUCCAUCCGUACCGUCGCCGGCAUUGAUCUCAACCAUGGAGACAUCGCCGGGUACUUGCCGGAGGAGCUAGGUCUGCUAACUGAUCUUGCAUUGUUCCACAUCAACUCCAACCGCUUCUGUGGGACUGUUCCGCAUAAGUUUGCGAAGCUCAAGAUACUGUUUGAAUUGGAUCUCAGCAACAAUAGGUUCGCCGGGAAGUUCCCGGAAGUGGUGCUUCACUUGCCAACGCUGAAAUUCUUAGAUCUGCGAUUCAAUGAGUUUGAAGGAACCGUGCCGAAGGAGCUGUUUGAUAAGGAUUUGGACGCCAUUUUCAUCAACCACAACAGGUUCGCCUUCGAUCUGCCUGACAACUUCGGUAACUCGCCGGUGUCGGUGAUAGUUGUAGCGAACAACAAGCUCCACGGCUGCGUGCCGGCGAGUCUGGGCAACAUGGCGGACACGCUGAAUGAGAUAAUUCUGAUGAAUAAUCAGUUCCGAUCGUGCUUGCCUGUUGAGAUCGGAUUGUUGAAGAAUUUAACUGUGUUGGAUGUCAGUUACAAUGGAUUGUUGGGACCGUUGCCGAAAGAGAUUGGUGGAAUGGUGGAGCUCGAGCAGCUCAAUGUGGCUCACAAUAUGCUCUCUGGGAGUAUUCCUGCCAGUAUUUGUAAGCUUCCAAAUCUUGAAAAUUUUACAUUUUCAUAUAAUUUCUUCACCGGCGAGCCACCGGCAUGUUUGGGUUUGGCGGAUUUCGAAGAUAGGAGGAAUUGCUUGCCAGGGAGGCCGGAGCAGAGGUCCGCCGGGCAAUGUAACUCGUUUUUGUCCCGACCUGUUGAUUGUAGCUCUUUCAGGUGUUCUCCUUUUGUUCCUUCUUUACCUACUCCCCCACCACCCUCACCGCCGGUGUUCCCCUCUCCACCCCCAACACCGGUUUACUCACCUCCGCCGGUGUUCUCGCCUCCGCCACCGGUGCUCUCUUCCCCACCACCACCAUCACCGCCACCGCCAUCUCCUUCGCCUCCACCACCUCCAGUUUACUCCCCUCCUCCACCUCCACCAGUUUACUCACCUCCACCACCCCCUCCUCCCCCACCGCCACCACCACCUGUUUAUUCUCCGCCACCACCUCCACCUUCACCACCACCACCGUCUCCCCCUCCACCCUCACCCCCACCACCUUCUCCAUCACCGCCUCCCCCUCCCUCGCCACCACCACCGGUAUUAUCGCCCCCGCCUCCAGUUUAUUGCGUCCGUUCCCCACCACCGCCACCGCCAAAUUCUCCCCCGCCUCCCAUUUAUUCUCCACCACCACCUCCAGUUCAUUCACCGCCCCCACCAAGUCCUUACUAUAGUUCACCACCGCCCCCGCCGCCACAUCAUUCACCUCCACCACCUCCCCACUCGCCACCCCCGCCUCCACAUUCACCGCCUCCACCUAUCUAUCCAUACGCAUCACCGCCACCGCCACCCGUGCAUUCCCCACCACCACCUGUCCAUUCUCCACCACCUCCAUGCAUAGAACCGCCUCCUCCUUCUCCACCACCUCCAUGCAUAGAACCGCCUCCUCCUCCUUCUCCACCACCAUGUGUAGAAUAUUCGCCACCUCCACCAUCACCCUCACCACCGCCACCACCAGUUCAUUACUUGCCUCCACCAUCACCAUCACCCCCACCACCACCUGUGUAUGCUUCUCCGCCACCUCCACCAUCUCUGCCUCCCCCAGUUUACUACCAUUCUCCGCCCCCACCCUCACCACCUCCUCCAACCCCAUGUGAAAAUCCUCCACCUACUCCAUCACCACCGCCCCCAAUCAUUUAUGAGAGCCCACCACCUCCAACCCCUGUAUAUGAGGGGCCAUUGCCACCAAUCUUUGGAGUUUCAUACGCUUCUCCACCGCCACCACCCUUCUAUUGAUUCUUUUGAGAAUUUUCCUCCUCUUGACAUUUCCUCAAAGAAACAAAAUUUACAAUUAUAUUAGUGGUCAUGGCCUCUUUUCCCUCUUCUCCAUCAAAACUUCUUCCUCUUUGGGCAAUUCUCGUCGCCGGGUGAGGACUAAUAAGAAGAUUCAAAAAUGUCAUAGAGCUUAAUGAAUUAUUGCGGCAAAGGUGCUUCACCAUGGUGGGUUUUAGUUGUUGAAGAAGAAACAGAGAAGAGGCUAAAGAAAGAGGAGGUAAGAGGAGAAAGUCUCUCCAUAUUUAUUUGAAUUGUUAUGGAUAUUUGAGUUGUGAAAUAAAAUGGCAGAGAAAGAUUAGGUUGCAGGAAAGUGUAUGUAUAGGGAUGAAUGGAGACCAUAAGAAGAGUUAGAAGGCAGCAGCUUUUCUGCUGCUGCUGGUUUGUUGGUUUAUUGUUAUUAUCUCUGUUAUAUCAUACUUUUAUUUCUUUUGCUUUCCAAUUUAUAGUAUAAUCAUGAACAUUUACUUGUAUUGAUUUUCAGAAUUCAGAUCAUUCCUUCUUCUCCUUUGUGUCUUAA